ACAAACUUUUUCUUUCUUUUUUAUUUAAUUAUAAGUGUUUGCAUAUACAUUGUGCUCCUAAUUUUUAUUACAAAUUCAAUUUAAAUUAACCCUUGCACAUUUGCACAGACAAUUUGCUUGUAUCUUUAGUUUCUAACUGGCGGGCAUUCUUUAAUCCUUCUAAUCAUUUUCAAGUAUUUAUGUAACUUGCAUUUGUUGCGCAAUUGUUAUAUUCUGCUUUGAAAUUUAUGUUGUGAAAUUUAGGCCUUCUUAGGCAGCCAAAAUGGGGUCAUUUGAAGGGACUGCAUCAAGCAAUAAAGUCUUGUGAGAAGGCUUUGGUCUCUAGUGAUCCCAAUGCAACUUCACAUGGACUUGAUCAACAGAUAUAUGUAUUUAGAUCAAAAUCUGGAGAUUGCGCAGCUUUUCUUACCAACAAUGACACUGAGUCUAAUUCCACAAUAAUAUUCAAUGGAUUGAAAUAUGAUCUUCCUCCUUGGUCCAUCAGCAUUCUUCCUAACUGUACAACUGAAGCUUAUAACACUGCUAAGGUCAGAAUCCAACGUUCAGAGAUGAAAAUGAUUGCUUCCAUUGGAGGCUUUUCUUGGAACUCUUAUACUGAAGAUAGCAACUCUAUCCCAAAAAGCUCAUUUAUGAUGCAAGGUUUGUUGGAGCAGUUAAAUGUUACAAGGGAUAGCACAGACUACCUAUGGUACACAACAUUUGUUGACAUAGGUAAGGAUGAAGAAUUUUUAAAAAAUGGACAGUAUCUGCUCCUCACUGUCGCUUCAGCUGGUCAUUCAUUGCAUGUCUUCAUUAAUGGAGAACUGAGUGGGACUGCUUAUGGUAGUCUACAAAGUCCGAAAUUAACUUACAAUGGGAAUGCAAAAUUCCGGGUAGGAAGCAACAGAAUAUCUAUUUUAAGCGUUGCUGUUGGUCUCCCAAAUGGUGGGACACAUUUUGAAACAUGGAAUGUUGGAAUACUUGGUCCAGUUACUCUAAGUGGUCUUAAUACCGGGAAACUUGAUCUCACAUUCCAUAACUGGACUUACCAGAUUGGUCUAAAAGGUGAGGCAUUGAACCUUCAUUCCAUUACUGGAAGUUCUUGCUUCGAGUGGGGAGAAUUUUCUCAGAAGAAGCCAUUAACUUGGUACAAGGCGUUCUUCAAUUCACCUGAUGGAGAUGAACCAUUGGCUUUAGACAUGAGUAGCAUGGGCAAAGGACAAGCAUGGAUAAAUGGAGAAAGCAUUGGCCGUUACUGGCCUGGUUAUAAAGCUUUUGGUUCUUGUAACGGUUGUGACUACAGAGGAUUCCACAAUGAGAAGAAGUGCUUGACUAGUUGUGGGGAGUCAUCUCAAAAAUUGUACCAUGUCCCACGCUCCUGGCUUAAUCCAACAAAAAACCUGAUUGUUGUUUUUGAGGAAUGGGGUGGUGAUCCUACUGGCAUUUCUCUGGUGAAGAGAAUCACUGUUGAUGCUGAAUUACAGAAUUAGUCUUCAUUUGGGAUGACUUUUUAAUUGCUUCUUAAAACAACUUUUUAAGUACAAAAAUACAAUUUUUGUACUAAAAAGUUCCUUUAAGAAGUAGCAAGAUAGCCGUCCCAAAUGAAACCUUAGUCUUCUCCUUUUCUGCAUCUAGAUUAUAUUGCACAGAUAGUAUUGAAGGAUGAAAUGGCUACAUUUUGAUUGAUUCAUCAUUGACGAUAUAGCAAAGAUUAGAAGCAAAUAAGCUGUUUUAUGAAGAUGUACAUGUACACUGGAAAUUGUAAGGAUUGUGCUGCCAUUUCUACAGCAGAAACUGAAAGGAUGUUGAAAUUUAUCAGCAAGCAAAUGAUAUCCGAACACUCGAAGGCUGAAGAUGGUAGUAGAUUGUUUGGGCAAUUUUUGUCGUUCUAUUUAGAUAAUAAGUUUGCGAUAUGUGCAAACAAUAAGCUCUAUAUUGUUGGAAAAUGAAAAUGCUUUUCUCCUGAAAAUAUGUUACAGGUGCCGAAAGUGUAAUUACUUGUAUACUUUGUAUCUCCAUAACAGUGAAGUUGAUUAUGUUUCAAUAAAAACUUAACAAAUAAUAAAAUGUUUUAGCAUUA